AGAAGAAGAAGACGACGAAGAGGCAAGAGGCUCCGCAGCGCAGCCCUCUGCCCAAUCAGCGGUUUUGUUUACAUUUGUGUUUCCUGUACGCUUAUAUUCGGUAUGUUCUACUGUCUAUGGGUAUGUUGACAAAAAAAAUAAUACCACAUAUUAGUCUUGGCUGGUUGUUCGAGGGCUGAGCGAGUUGUGUCAGUUAAACGCUGCACAUGAUGACCUCAGAGUCUGCCAGCCUGGAGAGCCUGCGCGUGCUGUUUCAGAGCGAUGACUACAUCGUGGUGGACAAGCACUGGGACAUCCGCAUCGACAGCAAGAUGUGGUACGAGAAGCACACCGUGCAGGCGCAACUUCGGCACCACUUCCCACAGCUGGCAGACCCUAGCACCUACUAUGGAUUCAGGUUCUGUCAUCAGUUGGAUUUCUCCACGAGUGGGGCUCUUUGUGUCGCCCUCAAUAAGGCUGCUGCCGGCCGGGCUUACCGCUGCUUCAAGGACCGCACCGUCACCAAAGCCUACCUCGCCGUGGUACGUGGCUUGGUAGAAAAAGAGACACAAACUUUGGACUUCUCCAUUGGCAAGAACUCCUCAGAGGGAAAAACACACAUGAUGUGUAUUGAGGGAACAGAAGGUUGUGAGAACCCCAAGCCUUGCCAAACUGAGCUGAUGGUUUUGGAGUAUGGGUUGUAUGAUGGAGACCCUGUCACCAAGGUGCUACUGCAGCCACUCACUGGCCGAACCCACCAGUUAAGGGUGCACUGCAGCGCAAUAGGCCACCCUAUCGUUGGGGACUUUACUUACAGCUUGGGAGCGGACGACUCAACCUACCGCAUGAUGCUGCACGCCCACCUCCUCCACAUUCCCCUGGAACCUGAGCCCCUGCUCGUCUCUGCUGGAGACCCCUUUCUCCCCGCGGUGGAUCCCAAGUGGCUCCCACAGCGCUCAUUACGGACACUGACGGCCACUGUGGAGGCGCUGCUGGAGCACAGGGUGGAGGAAAACAGGAAGAUAAAAGAGGAGAAGAGAGAGAGGGCGAGAAGGGAGGAGGAGAAGAGGAAAGGACGCAGGGAACAGAGGAUUGAGCAGGAGAGUGAGGAGCAGAGGAUGCAGUGUCAGCAGUGGCUGAGUGAAUGGGCUGGAGACUGAUGUAUUAUUUUAAUUUAUUUAAGUUGUUUACUAAGCAAGGCCACGUUGAGCAUGCAUGCUCCAUCUCACUGACCACUCACGUUUGCUUUGAAAUGGCAUACAUGGAAGUGAGCCAGUACCUUAAUUCCCUCACAGUUACAAACAUUAUGCUAGAAAAAAAACAGUGUGAGCAUGUGUGCUGCUGCUUUCUCAAAUAAUUCAACCAGAGGCACUGAGCAGUUCCACCGCAGUAGCUGAGAAAUAAGUGCUUUGCUCAAGUUUAUGUUGACAUGUGAGGGGUUGGGUUGAUGCCUUAAAUUUAUUGUAAAUACACAUCCCCCCCUGCCCUCUUAAGAAUUUAAAUUGGUGACUUUGUCACACGUCUGUGCUGUCUAUGGUCAGAUGAACAUACAAUAUGUAAUUUUCUGCCACUAGGGGAUAUCAAUCAAAAAAUAACAAAAGACGGCGCAACGUUGUCAUUGCAGUCAGUUUCUCCCGGUUAGGAAUUCUUCUUUUCAAAACAAAUGGACCCGGUGAUUUAAACCGGUAAAACACUGCAUAAAGCAGUUUCAAAUUAAAAAUCAAUCAAUCAAAUCUCUGAUGCAGUUUGGCUCGUCAGCGGAGAACUGCCACAGUUUGCUCAGCUUGUUUCUGUGAUAACUUAAGAUCCAGGGUUAGCUAUAGGUAUAGUCCGAUGACUAAAAUUCUUCAUCCAGUUAAAAUAUAUAGUUAAAAAACGACCAAGAUCUAGUGGCUUAAAACUGGAUAAAAAGUAAAUUUAUUACCGCUUUUGGCAGACAACCACAAUGCUGAUGCAUGCCCAAAGGGGAUAUGACGCUAUUGACAGGCGACUGCGUCCAAAUGACACGCACCGUGUACUUGAUUGAAACUACAGAUCUCUGGGUUUGAAUAUUGUUGGAAACAUUUUGGGUAAUGUAAGUACACAACUUGACAAAUAUACAACAUAGGUCUAGUCAUUUUUAGACAUUUUAAUGCGGUCAUUCUAGCUAUUAUAUUUUUAACUCUGAUUGCGGACCCUCUGCAGCAGCAAAUGUUUUUUGUCCAUGUCCAAAUGCUGUAAGUUCAUGUGUGUUACAUACAUGCGCUGCAACCUGUAACAUACAUGGAAUCUACCCUGGAUGUUUCUGUGCCUUUUGUUGUUUGUUGAUUGCGUUACAGUGUUAAUUCAAACUGUUUACCUUUUUAAAAUGUCAAUGUAACAACAAAUGUCUACAAUGUACUAUUACUUUGUUCAGUACUAAUAUAAAAGCUAAAUAAAUGGUUGAAUAAUAA